AUGUCUGAUCGAGAAAGUGUCAGCUCAGUCUCAACUGAAACUGACCGCCACAAUACCCCUAGACCCCUCGACCCUUCCGAGAGGUCAGAGGACGUCUACGAGACGCAUAAUGUCCAUGAUGCACCCGAAGAUAUUAGGUAUGAAGGGGGCUCACCGGCGCCUCGUGUUCAUUUCAGAACUAAUGCCAUGUCCCUGCGUGGCCCCCCUCGAGAAUCGCCGCCAGAAGAACCCCGCGCAGAGUCGGAGACAGCGCAACGAGAAGACCGGCCGCAGCGGCCAACGAUGCCUUACACCCACGAGUCUGCGGACAUCGCCGAUCAACCUCGUCAAGUACGAUUCCAAUCACAAGACACCCGCUUGAUGGCCCAAGAUGAAAAGGGCCCUGAGGGCCCUGCGGGCCGGACAGAAGGAGAUGACCAGGAACAAAGAGCCCUGCCGGACCCAAGGUCCACCCAAUCUGUAGGAGAACGAUUACUCUCUGCAUCUUUCAAUUUACAGCGCAAAGCAUCACUACUAGCCACUCGCUUGGGCCGGCCGGAGUAUGGAGGUGAUGACCUCACCUCUGGUGUCUACCAUGGAGACUGGGCGACCGGCGAUGCGGUACCGGAGUCGGACAUGACAGACGACAAGCACAAAACAGACGAAGAGAAGCAGGCGAACAAGGCCAAUAGUAGCUCCGAGGCGCAUCGGCUAGUGCGUGAUCUGACGCAGGACCAGUCGUCGCAGCGGCGUAAGGUUCGAGGACGGCCGUACGGUCAAAGUGGGAAGGAAUUUGUGGGCGAAGAAAAUGAGUCGGCUUUGGAUUCCGGACUCCGGUAUCGCUCUGGUGGUGGUGGUAUUCUGUCGCAGUUGAUGAAAUUGAAUGGUGGAGGUCAAACCCAACAGGAUGGGAGUCAAUCGCGGACACCAAGUCAGUCAUCGUUUGAUUCACAGGCGAGUCCGGCUUCGGAUGCAUCCAACUCGGGUUCUGAUCCGACAGGGAAGAAGGGAAAGCCUGUCAAAUGGUACAAGAGACCUCCCAAUACUUCAACGUCAACUCUGAUUGGUGUUUCAGGGAACAUGAGCGGAGCAAGCACACCGGUCUCCAGUGAAGUGAUAUCUGCAGCAGAGAAAAGACAAGGAAAGCAGUCGAAUCGCAAUGUAAAACUCGAAGAUGAAAUUCGAGUGACGGUCCACAUUGCCGAGAUCAUCUGUCGACAGCGGUACAUCAUGCAGCUUUGCAAGGCACUGAUGACAUUUGGAGCUCCCACCCACCGGUUGGAAGAGUAUAUGCAGAUGACGGCGAAGGUGCUCGAAAUUGACAGUCAGUUCCUGUACCUUCCAGGCUGUAUGAUCAUGGCCUUCGAUGAUCCUUCGACGAGAACUACGGAUGUCAAGCUUGUCCGGGCGGCACAAGGUGUUGAUCUCGCUCGACUCUCCGACACGCAUCUCAUCUACAAGAAUGUGAUCCACGACGUCAUCGGCAUUGAAGAAGCAGUGCAGGAGUUGGAUGAAGUGAUGAAGAAGAAGCCACGCUUCCCCAAAUGGAUGGUUGUGUUAGUUUAUGGCUUGGCGACUGCAACAGUCGGUCCUUUCGCCUUCAAUGCCCGUCCGAUUGACAUGCCCAUAAUCUUUAUCAACGGUCUUUGCGUUGGGGCCAUGCAACAUCUGGCAGCGCCCCGCUCGGUAUUAUAUUCAAAUGUUUUUGAGGUGACAUCGACCGUGAUGACCUCCUUUCUGGCUCGUGCCUUUGGCAGCAUCCCACGGACUGUCAUCAACGGCAAAAGACAGUAUCUAUUCUGUUUUUCAGCCAUCGCCCAGUCCUCAAUUGCGCUGAUAUUGCCUGGAUUCCUUGUACUGUGCAGCAGCUUGGAACUUCAGUCUCACCAAAUCAUCGCCGGCUCAAUUCGAAUGGUCUACGCUAUCAUCUUCUCCCUCUUUCUCGGCUACGGUAUCACUGUCGGCACCACAAUCUACGGUUUGAUGGACAAUGGAGCCGUGUCAGACCUCCAGUGCCCUGCGCAGGGGGCCUUCAAGAACCCCUACCUCCAACGAUUCCCCUUCGUGGCCAUCAUGACCGUGUGGCUCUUAAUCAUCAACCAAGGAAAAUGGAAGCAGCUACCUCCCAUGACAUUCAUCGCUAUGAGCGGAUACAUCUCCAACUAUUUCAGCACGAAGCGCCUUGGCUCCAACUCCCAGGUAGCCAAUACCGUCGGCGCAUUCACUAUUGGCAUCUUGGGCAACAUGUACAGUCGCCUCUGGCACGGCCACGCCGCAACCGCUAUUCUACCCGGAAUUUUCAUCCUAGUGCCGUCCGGACUCGCUGCUACAGGCUCUCUGAUCUCGGGUGUCCAAUCCGCAGACCAGAUCCGCCAGAACGUAUCCUCGCACGGCCCCCCUAGCUCUUCGCCGGGAGCUGGGCUAUCCAGCACUUCGGUGUUUAGUCUGGGAUUCGGCAUGAUUCAGGUGGCGAUCGGUAUUACGAUUGGGCUUUUUAUUGCGGCGUUGGUGGUCUAUCCUUACGGGAAGCGUCGAAGUGGGCUCUUCAGCUUCUAA